AUGGAACCAAAUCUCAAGCUGGUGCUGGAGGAAAUCCAGAAGUCGAAGGAGGAGUUCGGGCGUCGUUUCGACGAGCACAACGAGCAGUGGGAGCGGCGCGUUGCCGAUUUGGAGGCUGUCCGCAUCGACCCCCUCCACGACGAGCGCGACGACCGCGUCACCGCCCUCGAGGUGGCCGCCACGGACCUCGGUACUUGGCGCCCGGAGAUGGAAGCGCUCGUCGACGACCUGCGAAUCAAGAUGCAGAAGCUGUCAUUUAUCGAUGGCCUUCGGCCCGACCUCAAAGCUAUGAUACUGGUUUCUAGGCCACAAACACUCGAUGCUGCUAUCUGCAUGGCUCUUGUGCAGGAGGAGGUGGCUGGCCAAUCGGGCGCCCAGUCUUCGUUCCGUUCGUCGGCACCCAUUGAGUGGUCUCCUAAGCCCACACCACGGACCGCGCUGCCGCUACCACCACCUCCGCCUCAUGUUGAGAAGCCCAUGGCGAAGCCUGCAGCCGUCGAGCCCACGGCAACUGGUGCUCUAGCUGCUGUCAAAGCGUACCGUCGAGCCUUGGGAUUAUGCUACAAAUGCAAUGCCAAAUGGAGUAAGGAUCACCGGUGCGCACCAGAAGUCUUGCAUGCGGUCGAAGCUCUUUGGGAAUCGCUGGACCCUGAUGUGGUGCCGGCUGCAGAAACAUCUGAUGAUCAACCAACUGAACAAGUGUUUUUGGCCAUCUCCAAGUCCAUCGUGUCUAGGGUACCUGCUGCUCGUACUAUCCGGUUGUUGGGAUCAACGUCAGUGCCUGAACUUCACAAAUGGAUGGCUGAUCGAGAGCUCAUGCAUAAUGUUGUCAAGAAACACUUGCUCCGUGCCCAGGCUCGCAUGAAACGCCAAGCUGAUAAAGGUCGUUCUGAGCAUCAAUUCUCCAUGGGUGACAUGGUGUUUUUGAAGCUCCAACCCUAUAUUCAGUCCUCACUGUUCCACCGCUCCAACAACAAGUUGUCUUUCAAGUUCUUCAGACCAUUUCAAGUCAUUCAAAAGAUUGGCCCAGUUGUAUACAAGCUGUUACUUCCACCAGGCGCUGUUGUCCAUCCAGUCUUCCACGUCUCGCAGCUACGUUCUUCUCCUGGCAAUCAACAGGUAUCGCCAUCUCUUCCUUCUAACUUGCGGCAGUUUCAAUUUCCGCUUCGGGUGCUGCAACGCCGCUGGACAUCCGGGGCUCGGCCUGUGGAGCAAGGCCUUAUACAGUGGUCUCAUUCACCUCCGGAGCUGUCUACUUGGGAGUCGCUCGAGCAACUCCGCCAACAGUUUCUGCGAGCACUAGCAUGGGGACAUGCUGGUUCUGAAGAUGGGGGGAAUGUCAGCAGCCUGCCCCCGCCUGUGCCUGUGUCUGGUGAAGAGGAUGCGCCUAGUGUUGAAGAGGAAGCUGCUCUGGCCGUCCGGCCCAGAAGACUGUGUCGGCCCAGUACAAGAAUAGUUGGCCCAAUGUGGCAAGUUUGA